AGAGCGCAGCAGCCGUGUUCCGUAUCCCAACAGCGGCUACGCUACACCUACCCCUCCUCCAACUACUCCCUCCUCCAUCCACCACGAGUCUCCUCCAGCUCAGGGGCUCACGGGCUCAGCGAUGGUUAGGGGAUUGGUGACAAAUUCUUCGCUUUAUCGUGCGUAAAAUUGCCCGUAUCCAACAACCCCGGAAUCUUACGACUUUUUCAUCGCCACUUUAAUCUUUUUUGGGGGAUGACAACGCGCAGAAUUGGCUGUGUUGUUAGACCCACGGUGAGGGAAGGGAUCUCAGGAGCGAGAAGAAGCGGCAUCACCAGCGGCAGGAGAGAAGUCUGAGCCGGCGAGGGAGCGGCAAGUUGCAGCGGUCACAGGUGAGCUAAGCCCCUCCCCCUGGACCAAACAUGGACUUCCCGGACGACUUCCUGCUGACGGAGCUGAGCCACCUGCAGAUGUCCAACGACUCUUUCAACCUGAGCAGCCCCUACAACGAGACGGACACGCUACUGCCCACUAGCGUCAAGGUGACCAUCGUGGUGGUCUACAUGAUCGUCUGCGUCAUCGGCCUGGUCGGCAACUUCCUGGUCAUGUAUGUCAUCAUUAGAUACACCAAGAUGAAGACAGCCACCAACAUCUACAUCUUUAAUCUGGCACUAGCGGAUUCCCUGUUUCUGGCAACUCUCCCUUUUCAGGGGACGGAUGUUUUCCUUGGAUUAUGGCCUUUUGGGAACACUUUGUGCAAAGCGGUGGUGUCCAUAGACUACUACAACAUGUUCACCAGCACCUUCACCCUAACCGUGAUGAGCAUGGACCGCUACAUCGCCGUGUGUCACCCAGUCAAAGCUCUGGACAUGCGAACUCCACACAAGGCCAAGGUGGUGAACAUCUGCGUAUGGGUGCUGGCCUCAGCCUUUGGAGUCCCAGCCAUGGUCAUGGGCAAUGUGGAGGAGGAGCCGGAGCACACCAGUGUGGAGUGCAUUGUGGUGUUGCCUGAGCCCAGGAGUUACUGGGAUCCUGUGUUUGGGACAUGUGUCUUCAUGUUCUCCUUCCUCAUCCCGGUGGCCAUCAUCAGCAUCUGCUACAGCCUGAUGGUUAAACGGCUGCGCAGCGUCCGGAUCCUUUCAGGCUCCAAGGAGAAGGACCGUAACCUGCGCCGCAUCACCCGCAUGGUGCUGGUGGUGGUGGCUGCCUUUGUGGUGUGCUGGACCCCCAUCCAGAUCAUGGUCCUGGCUCAGUCACUGGGAUUCAACCUGAGCAGCAUCUACACCCUGGUGCUCAUGCACUUCUGUAUUGCCUUGGGCUACGUCAACAGUAGUUUAAACCCGGUGUUGUAUGCCUUCCUGGAUGAGAACUUCAAACGCUGCUUCAGAGAGUUCUGCCACCCAUCGCCCUUCCGCCUCGACACCCAGCAGUCGGGCCGUAUGAGGAGCAUUGCCCGAGAGGUGGCCAAUGCCUACAGCUGCAAAGGCGGAGAUGGAGGAGGGCCCGGGGGAGGGACACCUAAUCCUGCAUGACUAGGCGUGGAGCUCCCCUUGGUAGGGGUGGACCCCCCACAGAGGGGAGACACACCGGGCACGGGGAACUCCAACACAGAGCUGACUCAGAUCACUGCUCUCUAGCGGCACGAGCCCUCUCGCCCCCCAACGAGGAGACUGGCCUGGGGCGAGGGGGACUGCGAAGACGAGGGGCUGGAGAGGAAGAGGAUCUAGGAAAAAGAAUGCUUACAAAGUAAAUACAAUAUAAGUCAAACUCUGGUGUUAGAGAGACAGUCAGUGAAGAAUUCAAGACCAAGUCCACAUACAUCUGUUGUUUUUUUCUGUAAAACUCACUUUUCUACAAGGCAAGGACUUAUUUUCAUCCCACCAGUAUUCCUGACAGAAAAACACAGAAAUUCACAAAUAUUAAACCUUAUAAUUUCUAUUAAUAGAAUGAUUUGUUUACCCACUAUACGUAUCACACCAAAAAAAAUUCCGUUUGUCUACAGGAAUGUAGAAUGUUAUACAGUGUCACCUGAAACCAGGCAAUAUUUUGUGCUUGGAUUUACACUGAGUGAUUAAAAGUUCACAAUCACCGUUUUUCAUCCAAAGUGUGUUCAUCAUGUACAGUUGACCUUUGAACCAAGUCUCUCAUUUGUCUUUCUGGGUCAGAUGAGAGUGUGGACAACUGUACUUGGACAUCCUGACUUCACAAAGAUGUUACAUUUUAAAAAUGAUCUUUGUACCUUUUCAAACUGUAUACAGUGGAUUCAAACCAUCGAAAAUCAACAAAAAGACACCUGGAAGGACAAUUUGUUGGCCAGACCCUUUUAUGUAAAAAAAUGAAUAAAUAAAUUGCCAAAUGAAGAUCUUACUUCUCCUUGGGCACAUGCCAAAAGGAUAUAUUUUGACAAUGAUUAAUGUAUCGAGCUACAGAUACCAAACCUUGCUGUAAUGCACCAGUUUGAGCUGGACUGGAGAGAAGAUCUUUUUUGACUUUUGAGUGAGUGUUCAAUCGUCACAAUUCCUUUUGGAACUCGCCAAGGAAUGUGAGUGUGCGGUGCUGAGCCCAUUCUUCGUCAAAAAUGGGCAAAAAUGUGU